CACCACUAAUCAUCACACACAAUUUUUUUUCGAAACUUCUCCAUUAUCAUUUAGCAUAAAAAAUCUUCAUCGAUGGCGCGUACAAAGCAGACAGCCAGGAAAUCAACCGGUGGCAAAGCACCCAGGAAGCAGCUGGCAACAAAGGCGGCACGGAAGUCGGCCCCUGCAACCGGAGGAGUGAAAAAGCCUCACCGAUUCCGCCCGGGUACGGUGGCACUGAGGGAAAUCAGGAAGUACCAGAAAAGCACUGAGCUAUUGAUAAGGAAAUUGCCAUUCCAGAGGCUUGUUAGGGAGAUUGCUCAGGAUUUCAAGACGGACCUUAGGUUCCAGAGUUCUGCCGUGGCGGCUCUACAAGAGGCUGCCGAAGCUUACUUGGUUGGACUUUUUGAGGAUACCAAUCUCUGUGCUAUUCAUGCUAAGAGAGUUACUAUUAUGCCCAAGGAUAUCCAGUUGGCUAGGAGGAUUAGGGGUGAAAGGGCUUAGACAUCUAGUAAUCGAAUUUGGUGGUAUAUUUUGGUACUUUUGCUUAGUUUUAGCGCUGUUGGAAUUGGUUACUUGCUUAACCAGUGGAUCUAUGCAAUUUGAGAUGUAAAAAAUUGGGGUAAUUUAAUGAAUUAGUAAAAUUCUCAAUGGAUCAAUUGUGUUGCAUCAA